UGCUGUUGGACAGCGCUCAUCUGGACCUCUGUCUUAGCCGUGGUUGUGGAUGUCAUGUUCUUGAAAUCAUGAAUCCUGUUUAUAGCCCUGGUUCUUCUGGGGUUCCCUAUGCAAAUGCCAAAGGAAUUGGUUAUCCAGCUGGUUUCCCCAUGGGCUACGCAGCAGCGGCUCCCGCCUACUCCCCCAACAUAUACCCUGGAGCGAACCCCACCUUCCAAACAGGUUACACUCCAGGCACACCUUACAAAGUGUCCUGUUCCCCCACCAGUGGGGCAGUGCCACCAUACUCCUCCUCCCCCAACCCCUACCAGACCGCCGUGUACCCCAUGCGAAGUGCCUACCCCCAGCAGAGCCCAUACGCACAGCAAGGCACAUACUACACACAACCCCUGCACGCAGCACCUCCUCACGUCGUCCACCACACCACGGUGGUGCAGCCCAAUGGCAUGCCGGCGACGGUGUACCCUGCACCUAUCCCUCCACCUACAGGCAACGGGGUCACCAUGGGCAUGGUGGCUGGGACCACUAUGUCGAUGUCAGCAGCUACCCUGCUGACUGCCCACUCCCCAACUCCUGUCGCCCCUCACCGAGUCAAGGUGCCCACAUAUCGGGCCCCCGGAACACCCACCUACAGCUACGUGCCCCCUCAGUGGUGAUCACCCUGCAAAUGUUUGAGGAUGGAGCUGUGCGUUCACAUAAUGGAGAUUCCACAGCUGGUGCUGCAGGCCUGGCACCUCCAGCCCGGACUUUCUUUCUAAUGCUCUGACACUUCGCUAGCAC